GUGAGAUCUUCCUUCUCCUCUGGCUCUCCAGGUGGGAUUUGGCUUCUUCAGCUCUCCUGGUGGGAUUCACACCUGUUCUUCCAGUUCUCCAGGUGGGAUUCAUCUCCAAUUCUCCUGGUGGGAUUCAUACUUGAUUUUUUAGGUGAUGUUUAUCUUCUUCAACUCUUCAGGUAGGAUUUACCCUCUCCAAGUUUCUGGGUAGGUUGUAUCUCCUCCCGCUUCCCAGGGGAGAUUCAGCUCCUCCAGCGCUCGUGGUGGGAUUUGGCCCCUCCAACCCUUGCGGUGGGAUUCAGCCCCAGCUUUAGACACCAAAACUCCUUCCAGCUCCCAGUACUGCCUCGUCCUUCCAGUCAGUCAUCUCUGUCGGGUCUUGGUGGGCUCCUCCGUUUCCGAAGUACGUGUGGUCCCUCGGACACGUGGUCCCUUGGACACAUGAAGCCUCCAACACGUUGUCACUUCAAUGCAUCUCUAUGGACUCUCAGCCAACAAGGAUGCGAUCUACCAGCUGAGUUGCUCCCAGAUCAUGUUUUUACUUCUUCUGGUGCUCAGUCUGGCCCUGUUUUUGGUUCUUUUUGACUGCUGAGGGUGCAGAAGAGCUGCUUGGACCCUCCUAGUUGGAGCAGCUACCUUUCUCCUCCUGGCUUUGUCCCAACAAGUGACGUCCACCUCCUUGCACGUGCGUUUUCUGAGGAACGAAACGCCCUGGAGCCAUGGCUCGGUUUGACCUAGGUCACUUGGAGAAGGAGCCGGGACUUCCCAAGCCAAAAGCGGGGCAGAAAUAAUGGGUGUGAAACCUAGUCCUCUUUCCUUGCACCCCCUCCCUGGGACGGAGGUUGGAGGGGGGUUAAGGGUGUCCUCUUGGGUUGGGGUCCUCGUCCCACGUCGCGCCGCUGUAACGGGUUUCCCACCGGUUUCCUCUCUGCGUCUCCUUCCAGAAAUGAGCAGAAGCAACAAUUGUGGCUUUUCUCUGGUGGCAGCAAGAGAAGCAGAAACCCACGGAGGAGCUGAAGUUGUGUCCUGGGUGCAGCAAGAUGCUGCGCUGACGGUGAUGUCCAGGUUUGGCUUUUCAUCCAGCUCCGAGGAGGACUCAUCUAAUCCCGAUGUUUCCCUGGUGGCCCGACGCAGGGAGGAGGACAGCUGUGGCCGCUGUCAGAGGGACAAGUAUCUCCCAGAAGCGACUGUGCCAGAGAUCAUUUGAGAUGAGGGUGACAAGAAAGCCUACAGAGUUUCCCUCCCUGGUGCCAGCUUGUUUCGGUGCGCUGAGACCUAUCUGUGCUUCGACGUGAAGGCGGUGGUUACCCUGAGCUACGAGUACGGCUCCUGGCAGCAGCACCUGUGGGGAGCUGACGCGGAGAGAUGGACCUUCGUCGGCCCGUUCAACAUCUGGGUGGAGCCGGCUGGCGCCGUGGGUGCCGUCUACCUGCCACACUUCGUGUGCCUCGGAGGCCAAGACGACGCUUCCAAGAUGCGAACUGGCCGCUUCAUGGAUGGGAAGCUGAUCCUGGAGAUGCCGGCGGAGGUGUAGCCGUUCCACACGGUGCUGGAAGACCCCAGCUUCUCCUUUCUGGGGGUGCUUUGGAGGAAGGUGGCUUCGCUUCUCCAUUUGCCUCUCCACUCCCUUGUGCUGAUCUACCACGCCACCAGGAACGAACCUGUCACCCUCCAUCUCUACUUGAUCCCCGAUGACCGCUCCAUAAAGCAGGCAAUCGAAGAGAGGGAGAAGUCAUCCAUGUCCUACCGGGUGGAUAAACCGCCGUUGACCAAGCUCUCAACUGCGGGAGGUCCUACGUUGUUUCUGGCUCCGCACCCGCAGCCGUACACCCCAAGAUCCUGGACUUCCAUCUCAGAGGGGCAGAAAAGCAGCAGAUCUUCAGUGAAAUCUACCUUAGUGUCAUGGUAGAGGAAGUCAAACUCAGCUUGAAAGACAAAAGGAAGGACAAGUGCGUGUGGCACGCGGUGCUGCGAAGAGGAGACAUCGCACCCAGCGGGGCGGGCGCAGAUGCACCGCGCGCCAGUUGCCGGCCCCCCAGAUCGCGGCGCAGCCGGCCAGGCUGGGCAGACAGAGGACAAAUCCCAGGAGCCUCCGCGACGACGACAGAGAAGCACUUCCUGGAUCUGCACCGAGUGGAGCUGAUCAACCGCGUCGUCGAAGUGAAGGGCGUCCUGGACCUCCUGCUCGGGGAUGUUCUGGACUUCGAGCAAUACCAAAGGAUCCUGGCGGAGAAAACGUCCCACAGCAGGAUGCGCGAGCUGUUCAAGCUGAUGCCGAGCUGGACUCCCUGGUGCAAGGACCGCAUCUACGAGGCCCUGAAGGAGAAGCACCCACACCUCGUCGAAGAUCUUGAGAAGUAACCAAUGCUGCUCCUCAAUACGGUCUUCCGUGGAGGAGCAAAGUCCCUCAGGCAGCUCACAAGUGACCUCACCAAUGGCAGCAUCACCGCAGGAUCAACGGCUUGCUGAGGUCGGAAAGCACCUCUGGAGAUCACCUACCCCCACCGCCUUUUUUAUAGCAAGGUCACCUAGAACAGGUUGCCCAGGACCAUGUGUGGUCGCAUUUGGAAUAUCUCCAAGAAUGGAGACUCCACAACCCCCCUGGGCAACUUGGUCCAGUGUUUCCAUCACCCUCACAGUAAAAAAUCUUAUGUUUAA